UAGGUAUUGUGAGAACCAAAGGCUUGGUGCAACUUCCCUCCCAAGCCUCAAGAGUGGUCAGACAUUGUCCAUCGGGGUAAACUCAGGGUUCGUGACUGGAAAUACACCAAGAGCUUCUAACGCAGCUCGAAUUCCAACUUGGGCUGAAGGCAUACACGGACAAGAAUACAAUAACAGCAACAACAACAAUAAGAGUGCUGUUGAUGCAGAGUUAGGAUUUUGAGAUCAAGCAAAUUUGAAAUCAAAACUCUUGGAAAUAAUUAAUAAUAAUAAAAACCGGUCAACCGGUGGCGGCGCCAUUGCAAAACCAUGAAGGAAGGAGCUUCAGUAAUCAGGAUCUUGGCAAUUCUUCUGCAGUUUGGGGCCCUCAAUGCUGACAAUUCGAUGCAGUAUGAAGGAUGUUAUAAGAACUUGACCUCGAGCACUGGAUCUGUUUCGGAGCAAGAAUUUUCUGGACUAAGUUGCCGGAAACAUGAAAUUCGCAUCCAGGCUGGUGAACCCAUUGUGUUCACAUGCCAAGAUCUAGUCCUAGAGGUGGCAUCCCAACAGUAUUGCGUGUCCAUAGAUGGGAUAAAGAAAAGGAAACCAAAAAGUUCGGUUGAUGCUCCCGCGAAGGGGAGGGGCAAAAGGGGACGCGCAGAACGAAGUAAUGACCCCGGCAGCGAACCACGAAAGGCAACUGGAAGGGUUGAGAAAAAAUUAGAAGAGAUGGAGGCUAAACUACAACAGGCGAAGCCCAAGGGAAGACUGGGAGACCUGAAGAGCAAUUACAAUCAAAAUAUGCUCAAACAGAGGCCGUCCAGGAGUGCGGGAGAUAACAUAAAUAUGAAAAGGCUGGAGAAAUUGAAUUUGAGGUUGCAAAAACAGGAAGCGGGAAUUUUGAAAAUAGAAAAGAAAAUGACCAAGCUGCAAGAUAACCCAAAUAAAACCAAGCAGUUGGCUAAGUUAAAAAAAAGAGUAAAUAACCUCAGAUCUAAAUCUGAGAAACUGCAGAACCAAAUCAAUAAAUUGCAAUCAAUUUUGGACAUGACUACAAAUGGUUACUAUGACGGUAAUGAUCCUGAUCAUGCAAAUGAUGUCAGUGGUGAUGAUUCGCCAGAUGGAGACAGUGACAACGAUGAUACGAAUGAUCCUGAUCAUUCAAAUGAUGUUAAUGGUGAUGAUUCCCCAGAUGGAGACAGUGACAACGAUGAUACGAAUGAUUCUGAUCACUUAAACGAUGCUAAUGGCGAUGAUUCGCCAGAUGGUGAUGGCGAUGACGACGACUGGCAAAAAAUAGGGAACAGGACAGGACCCGUGAACGAAGGGAUUGCUAAACCUAAAGGGGAACGGGUGGGGAAAGAGAGCAAGAGGAAUUUUAGGAGGAGGGGAAAGGGCGAAGGGAAGAGCAACCGAAAGAAGCAGCGUUUCUGUGGGCCCCAAGACCAACCUAUUACCGUCAACUCUCAAACUGGAGAAAUUGGUCUUUCAGUGUGCCCAAAGGGCCGAAAGAAAGAUGGAGGAGCCUCCAAAACCUCAUCACGGGAGGCGCGGAAACGGUUCACAUGGUGGUGUCGCUCAGGGUCCUGCAGGAGCAGCUGCGAUGAUGAUUCCUUCUGA